GUGGGCGGCCCCCCACUCUGACUCUGUCUGUCGUUGUCGCGCGCUUUGUAAUAAUAAAAUUAUCAAGAAAGUGUUUUAUUUAUUUUAAUACAGCUUUGCUUUGAUUGUAACCGUUCCAAUAAAUGAUUAUCACAAUGUUCUCUUGUAAGAAACUUUCUACGCAAUACAAUACUUUGAAUAAAGUUUUAAGAUUUUAUUGUAAAAGUGCGUCACAUAAUUUAAUGUAUAAUGGGAAGAAGGAUAGGUUCAAUGGCAUCACUGUCGACUUACAGGAAGAGGGAUGCGAUAGUAAUUUUACUAAGAAACUUAAAGAUUCACUAGAUAAAUGGACAGCGGAAGGCAGGAGAUGUAUAUGGUUUAAAGUGAACAUAAGAAACUCCAAUUGUGUUCCAAUAUUAGCACAAAAAGGUUUUAAUUUUCAUCAUGCCAGAGAUGAUUUCCUCAUGAUGUACAAAUGGCUGCCCAAGGAUUCAGAGCCAAACUUACCGCCAGCUUCUCACACAAAUUUGGGUGUUGGUGCCAUGGUGUUCAAUAAGAAAGAUCAACUUUUAGCAAUAUCUGAAAAACAUUAUGAAUACCCUCAUUGGAAACUCCCUGGUGGAUAUGUGGAGAAAGGAGAAGAUUUAAUUGAUGCUGCUAUUAGAGAAGUAAAAGAAGAAACAGGUGUGGAUGCUGUAUUCCAGUCAUUAAUUACUUUCAGGCACACCCACAAAAUGAUGUAUGAUAAUUCUGACAUAUACGUGUUACUAAUGAUGUUGGCACUCACAGACAAUAUAUCCAUAUCUGAUAGAGAAGUCAAAGCCUGUAAAUGGAUGGAUGUCCAGGAAUAUACUAACCACCCCCAUGUACAUGAACUGAAUAAGUUAUUUGUACAAAAAGCUCUAGAAUAUAAAAAUACAAAACUAAAAUUAGAUUUAAAAAAGAAGAAAAUAAAUUGGGCCACAAUAUCAAGAGAAAUGAAUUAUUUAGUAUUAGAAGAUGCAAACUAUGAAAAAUAGUUAAAUGUAUUAUUUACUAUAAAUAAAUUGUUAUUAAAUCGGAAUUGUUGUAAAUAAGGGUUUUAUAAUAUUUUUUAUUUCUACAUAAUAUAUUUAUUUUAUGUAUAAAGGAGGUGAGAAAUGGAUUUAUGACUUGUCUUACUUUUUAGAAAAACUUGUUUUGACUUUUUGAGUAGGGUUAUAGCUACCUACUUGCCUGAAUGUUAAUAG